AUGGUUUUGGCUGAAAGAAGUAAUGAUGUUCGAAACGGGAAGCGGUCAAGGGGGCCAAGCCCCAAUGGCCAUGGAAGUCCAGAUUCCAGUUCUGAAGAUGAGAAUGUAAUACCGUUUGCAGCUGAGAAGAUAAGAGUUGGCAGAGAUUACCAGGCAGUGUGCCCUGAACUGGAACCAGUAGAGCAACGCAGACCAGAACUUAUUUCUGACAGAGCUUUAUUAGUUUGGUCACCUACCUGUGACAUAUCUGACAUCAAAUUGGAUGAAUAUAUUACCACAGCAAAGGAGAAAUAUGGUUAUAAUGGAGAACAAGCAUUGGGGAUGUUAUUUUGGCACAAACAUGACCUCAACAGGGCUUCAAUGGACCUUGCGAACUUCACUCCUUUUCCUGAUGAGUGGACUGUGGAAGACAAGGUUCUCUUUGAACAAGCUUUCCAGUUUCAUGGCAAAAGCUUUCACAGAAUUAGGCAAAUGUUGCCAGACAAAUCAAUUGCAUCAUUAGUAAAGUACUAUUAUUCGUGGAAGAAAACAAGGGCUCGUACUUCGUUGAUGGAUGUUGUCAGUGAAGGUCGCAAUGCUACCAGCUCUGGAACUGGCAAACGUGAAUCGGGUGCAGCAUCAGAACCAGGUGGUUCUGACAAGGAUUCAGACAAUGAUGAGAAGGGCGAGGGCGGCGGCGAGAGUGCGGGCAAGUGGUGCACUGUGUGCGGCAUUCUGUGCAACCAGAUCACGGCGCACAAUUCGCAGAAGUUGUGUCAGGCAUGCCUCGUGCACGCCAGACGCACGGGGACGAUGCGACCGCUGUGCGGACCGUCCGGCAGACGCGGUCCGGGGUCCAAACAGCAGCGGUACAAGCAUCGGCUGCCGCGCGGUAUUUACAUCAAUCACGAUGAUCUCGUCGCCAUGGCCACCGGCCCUCAGCCUGGAGAUCCCCCGCAGCCUGGACUUAUCAAUCAUGGCGAAGCUAUGCUCAAAGCUAUGGACAGAGAAGUUAUAUCUCUAAAGAGACAAGUGCAACAAAACAAACAGCAACUGAGUGCGAUGAAGCGCAAAGUGGGCGACACUGGUGUAGAAGAGUUAAGGCCCGGUGAACCGCCAGCGAAGAUCAACUCUCGCUGGACUAAUGACGAACUACUCAUGGCAGUGAGGGCCGUCAGAAAGUACGGGAGAGACUUCCAAGCUAUCGCCGAAACACUGGGCACGAAGACUGAGGCGCACGUCCGUUCUUUCUUCAUUUCUUAUCGCCGUCGAUACAACCUGGACGCCAUGGUGCGCGAACAUGAAGCAGAACGUGGUAACGCCCAUCAUAUACAAGCCGGUACCACAAGCACAGAAUCUGCUGAGACAGGCGACAACACUAACAAUGGCACAGACUCUUCUCAGACUACGAACAAGGAUGAAAAAAUGGAGGUAGACAGUGAAGGCGUCGCUAUAGGAGCGUCCGCGGAGGCAGGCGGUCCCCCGACGACCCCGCCCAAGCACAAGCCCGCCAAGUGA